GAGCCACUGGCCAUGACGAACUGAAGUGACACAUCGUUGACAGGGUCCACACAGUAUGUACUCCAAAGGAAAAGCGAAUACGGUGCCGUCAGAUGCCCAAGCAACUGAAAAGCUGGCACUGUACGUAUACGAAUACCUAUUACACGUUGGGGCACAGAAAAGCGCACAGACUUUCUUGAAUGAGAUUAGAUGGGAAAAGAAUAUAACGCUAGGAGAACCUCCAGGUUUCUUACAUUCUUGGUGGUGCGUAUUCUGGGACCUUUACUGCGCUGCACCAGAGAGAAGAGAUAGUUGCGACCAUUCGAGUGAAGCUAAAGCUUUCCAUGAUUAUGUUAUUCCCAACAUCCAGCAGGGUGCAGUCCCCUCACCUGGAUUCGCACAGAUGUCAAAUGAAGCUGGUGCAGGAGGUCCAGGAAUGCAAGGUGGAAUGCCUGGAUAUUUCACGUCAUCACAAGCAUCACCCCAUCAACAACCUCCUCCUCCUCACCAAGCCCCAGGGGGAUAUAUGCCCAACCAGGUACAAAAUAUGACACCUCAAGGAUAUAUGCCCAAUCAGCCACCUUAUAUGUCAAGAUAUACUGGAGGAAGAGCACCAAAUGUAAGAAUGCCUGGACAGGGCCUUCAGCUGGUAUGGUCCAAUGAGAAGGGAUUUGCUAUUAAUGGUGAUAGUCUUCAGCCCCCAGGUGGUGUGUCAGGAGUUCCAGGAGCUCAACCAUUAUUGCCUAAUACCAUGGAUCCAACACGUCAACAGAGUCCUUAUCAAGGAAACCCAAUGCAAGGUCCAAUGUCACGAAUGAAUCAUCCAAGAGUACCUGUACAACCGAACUAUGGCGGUAUGAGACCUCCUCCAAAUACAGGAGUAGCACCUGGUGUCAACAUGCCUAUGGGAAGUCGGCCAUGGAAUCCAACCACUUCGGUUUCAGGUCCUCCGGGUACUCCUAUUAUGCCGAGUCCUCAAGAUACAGCUAACUCUGGAAAUGAAUCUAUGUACGCUAUGAUGAAAUCAGUUCCGGGUGGUAAUAUGCCAGGAUAUGGUAUGGGUGGAGGACCUGAACCGCCRAUGUCUAUAGGAGGUCAAGAACCAUCGUUAGUCAUGAAUGAUUCUAAUCCUGGUGAUAUGGAUGGUUUGUCAAAGGAUACCCCGAAUGAUCACCAACCCGGAACUCCAAGAGAAGAUGGUUCAGAGUUUAGCUCAUUAUUGCCGUUUUCUCAAGAUAAUAACCAUUGUGACUCAGCCGCCAUUCUGAAAAUCAAAGAAUCAAUGCAGGAAGAAGCCAAACGGUUUGAACACAACGAGACUCGUGCCCACGAUGAACCCAACGACUACUACUAACCAUGAAUAGUUGAUAAAUGUAGUCAUUGCAUAGUCAUCUCUUAUGUAUUCGACUCACUAUGCAGAAACGCCAGUUGCGUCAUUCCGCCUCGCUUUCGUACAUCGAUUCCCUCCAAACAGCUUUUAUAAAGUAUCAAAAUGGUGACAAAAAUCUGUUAAAAUAUUGACUAUAUAUAUAUAUAUAUUUCAAUACCUUCUUGUUUCUGUUGUAGAGUAUCAAGCUAAGAGCUUGGAAUUACGACUAAGCAUAUUUUGUAUAUUAUGCAGCUUAGACAGUAUCGCUACUGAAAUCGGUUCCUACUUUUCUUUUUCUACUAUCGUCCAAACCGGCGGUUACAUAAUACUGCCCAAAUAGAGUGAAUACCAGUUUUAAAAUAGUUAAAAUGAAUGGAACAAUACAAACAAUUUGAUUGGUUUCACUUGYUUAUCCCGAUUCAAACCGAUUUUCAGUAAUUCGACUCGAUCAUAUGGUUUCACAUGAACUUUGUCAACUAUAAGUAAAUGAUUUCGUCAACAGAGCAUCUAGCUGGUGUUAUUUACACAACGCGUAAAGCUUAAUAAGCACUUAAAUGUGUUUUGUUGAAAAAACAAAAUGUCUGUCCGCUUACAACAGUUGUUUCCUCGUAUUCUGUCAGGCUUCACUUCACUCUUUAAAAUUCAUCGACGCUGAGUGCCGUCUCUGCUCAUUAUUAAAUCAUCGUGCAUACUCAAUAAGGAGGGCUAAUUAUCUCAAAAAUUCAUCAAGUUUAAGCUACUUGUUGCCUUGUUUUUGGCUUCAUCCAAGAAAAUAAUUGUUUGGUUUUCCUGUGGUGGACCUCGACUGCCCUUUGCAAAAAAGACGACCAUCACAGGAAACCAGGUCGCUGGUUCUUUUGGGAUUCAGAAUCGGAUAUUAGAGAAUUAGUGAUUUGGAAUAUAUACAGUUAAUAUACAGAUCGAUAAAGUAUUUCAAGAAUAUACAAUGAUAUGAGUAAUAAUAUUAUCACAAUGAAUACCAAAUCACAAACUCUUUAAAAUCAGGCGUAAGGCCCUAAAUGAGGGUGCAAGUAGGUUGUCCAACGUUUUCUAAGGUAUAGAGAUAUCGUACCCUUGUAUAAAACAUGUACAGCUAGGUUUAGUCUAAAGUAUGUUAACAAAAGACGAGAUGUUUCGUCAAUAUCUUGUAACCAUAGCAAUAUAAAAAUAAAUGUCAAACUCCCUUGUACAAUGGUA